GUAGAAGCUUCAGUGAAUAUGUCUGGACGCGGUAAAGGCGGGAAGGGUUUAGGGAAAGGAGGCGCCAAGCGGCACAGGAAGGUGCUGCGGGAUAACAUCCAGGGCAUCACCAAGCCCGCCAUCCGCCGCCUGGCACGGAGAGGGGGAGUCAAGCGCAUUUCUGGCCUCAUCUAUGAGGAGACUCGGGGGGUCCUCAAGGUUUUCCUGGAGAAUGUCAUCCGGGACGCCGUCACCUACACCGAGCACGCCAAGAGGAAGACCGUUACCGCCAUGGAUGUGGUGUACGCUCUCAAGCGCCAGGGCCGCACUCUCUACGGCUUCGGGGUCAUAAUGGCCCGUACCAAGCAGACCGCCCGUAAGUCUACAGGAGGGAAAGCUCCCCGCAAGCAGCUGGCAACCAAAGCAGCCAGGAAGAGCGCUCCGGCCACCGGUGGAGUGAAGAAACCUCACCGUUACCGGCCCGGCACAGUCGCUCUCCGUGAGAUCCGCCGCUACCAGAAAUCCACCGAGCUGCUCAUCCGCAAGCUGCCUUUCCAGCGCCUGGUCCGGGAGAUCGCUCAGGACUUCAAGACCGACCUGCGCUUCCAGAGCUCAGCCGUCAUGGCUCUGCAGGAGGCCAGCGAGGCUUAUCUGGUCGGUCUCUUUGAGGACACCAACCUGUGCGAAGAUAUCAUUAUGUCUGGACGCGGUAAAGGCGGGAAGGGCUUGGGGAAAGGAGGCGCCAAGCGGCACAGGAAGGUGCUGCGGGAUAACAUCCAGGGCAUCACCAAGCCCGCCAUCCGCCGCCUGGCACGGAGAGGGGGAGUCAAGCGCAUCUCUGGCCUCAUCUAUGAGGAGACUCGGGGGGUCCUCAAGGUUUUCCUGGAGAAUGUCAUCCGGGACGCCGUCACCUACACCGAGCACGCCAAGAGGAAGACCGUUACCGCCAUGGAUGUGGUGUACGCUCUCAAGCGCCAGGGCCGCACUCUCUACGGCUUCGGGGGCUGAAUCUGCUCAUAAACCGAUAUAAACCCAAAGGCUCUUUUCAGAGCCGCCCAAAA